AUGAGUAGUGGUGGGCAGGCGGACCGACAGGAUCGUGAAGCAGACAAUGGGCGCCCAGCGAAACGGAGAAGAGCAACAAGCCCGCCCAAUGAGGAACUCACCACGCCGCCAGGGGCCUCGAUGUCACACUUGAGCACCAGCCCACUGACACCAAGUCCCGAACGCGAGCACUCAGCAGGCGAAGACAACGAUUCAACGGAUAGGGAGCAAAGUGACCACCACUCUGACCUAGCGCCGCCAGGGCUUGAUCACGAUGACGCUCUACCUCGGAGGAUUUCCAAUACUGAAGGCUCUGUUGUCGACCGCGUUCUGAGUGAAUUUGUUGUGACACAGCCACCAGCGCGUUCGGAGUGGCGGCCGCGAUGCAUCAUGCACAUCCUCAAACCAAAUGAUCCAUUGCGCGCAGGAGUCAUACCUCGUUGGGGCUUAGAAGCUGCCAUCCCAUUCUACUAUUACGAGGUUCCAGCGACAGUCUCCGGUAUAAUUGGUGGCGAGCUGACUCCGCUCGGUAUCGCGCCGGUGGUCUGGCACGAACAUGUAACACCCGAAAAGAUCUACCAUACGCCGUUCUAUGUGCUACCGGAUCAUCACUUUGAGCGCGAUGCGGAUUUCAUUAUUGGCAAAGACUGGCUUCAGGAGGCGGGAUUAGAAUUGACGAGAGUCCAGCAUCAUGCGCCUGUUGCCAACAGUCCAGCCUUCUACGCUCGCAGCCUGCAGAGGGAAGCGCGCCCUGUUGGGUGA